AUGGGGCUGCCAGUGAGCGCUCCUGAAGCUGCUGUUCCUGCUUCUGCAGGUGACCAGACCGGCCCGGGAGGUGCCCUUCAGAACCGCAGCAGGAAGAUGCAGCUGAGAUCCAGCAAUGCUCUGCCUGUCCCUCCGACUGAAACCCACAGCCUGGUGACUGCAAGGAGACUUUGCAGCACUUCACACUCAUCAGUGGAUCCAGCAGAAGUGAAGAAAUUCCAGCUCCUGGCCCAUAAGUGGUGGGAUGAAGAAGGAGAAUAUUCAGCUCUUCAUUCUAUGAAUGACAUCAGAGUGCCAUUUAUUAGAGAUACUCUGCUGAGCAUGAGCAGCAAUUACCAGCUAGGCAGUCCCCUUGCUGGGGUGAAGGUCCUGGAUGUUGGCUGUGGCGGUGGCCUGCUAAGUGAGCCUUUAGGCAGACUGGGAGCUUCAGUUACUGGAAUCGAUCCUCUGGAGGACAACAUCAGAACAGCAGAUCAGCACAAGUCAUUUGAUCCAGUCCUGGCCAAGAGAAUACAGUACAAGUCCAGUUCACUGGAGGAGAUUGUGGAGGAGUCUAUGGAAACCUUUGAUGUAAUUGUAGCUUCUGAAGUAGUGGAGCAUGUGGCUGACCUUGAAAUGUUUAUCAAGUGUUGCUCUCAGGUGUUAAAGCCUGAAGGUUCUUUGUUCAUUACUACAAUCAACAAAACACAGCUGUCCUAUGUGCUGGGAAUUGUGGUGGCAGAAAAGCUCCUGGGCAUUGUACCAGAUGGGACACAUGAGUGGGAGAGGUUUGUCCCCCCUGAAGAGCUGGAGAGCCUCCUGGAAUCAAAUGGCUUCUCAGUGAAGGCUGUGCAGGGGAUGCUGUACAACCCCCUCUGGGGGUCGUGGAGCUGGGUGGGCAGCAGGAGCAUCAACUACGCCGUGCACGCCGUCAAGCCCCGGGCUCAGGGACAGCACAGCCCAGCAGCAGCCCUGCCAGAGCUGGGAGCUGAGCAGCCCUCAGCCACAGGGACUGCUGUGUGA